AUGGUUAAGUUGCGUAGUCAACGUCCGAGCAAUAUGGAUACUGAAGAGCAACAAUUAGUUAGUGCAGGAAAUGUGGAACCGGUUACCUCAAGUAGUACUAGUACUCUCUUUGAGGAUAUAACAUGUGAGAAUGUGGGGGCAGGGGCACAGGAAGUGGUGCCACCGCCCACUAGUCCUCAAGGGGAUGUAGAGAAAGAAGUUGUACCACCACCAGAAAAGCAGGAACCAGAGAGUGGUAAUCUGCCUGGUGGGUAUUCGCUUCAGGCUAUAUUAGAGCGCGUGCUGGAUUACCAGGCAGAAUUUGCGCAACAGCAAGUCGAGCGAGACCGCCAGCAAGCUGAGCGAGAUCGUAGGCUAGCAGAAAAUUUACUUGCCCAGCAAGCUGAGCGAGAUCGCCGGCAAGCUGAGCGGGACCAGCAACUUGUGCAAUCGUUAGAGAACAUGAAAAAAGAGAUUGCAGAUAUGGAACAGAAUUAUGAGUCGAUACCUAAGGCCGUGCAGGAGCUGACUGAACAGGUCAACAACCUGCAAGUAGCAAACACUAACAGGGUAGACGAAAUAGGUGUAUUAGCCAAUCGAGUAGAAAAGCUAGAAACAGAUUCCACGCAGCUUGUAGAGCAGAAGUGGAACGAACAAGCAACUAAAAUUGAAACAGAAUUCAACUCAUGGCUAGAAGUGAAGGAGUGUGAGGUUGACAAGAACAUUAAUUCCAAAGUACAAGCAGCCAUAGCAAAUAGAGGAUCCGAAUCGUUCAGUACCGCAGUGAAUAGUCAGGUACAGAACGACGUGCAAACCAUCAAACAAAUACUCAGUGAGGAUAUUCCGCAGUGGCAAGUGAAUAUGAACAAACGGAUAACCGACCUGGAGAAGGGUUUAGCACAAAGCAGAAAACAUUUGGAACAGGAACCUCUGUCGCCAACAGCCCAUGGUUUUGGCAACGCACAAACUUAUACGCGAUACAACAAUGGGGAAUCUGUAGUCGAUAAUGCGAAGAGCUGUAGCUUCGGUUCGGAGCACACAGCAUAUGUCCAAGGAGCAAAACCAUGUAGUUCAAAAAUAUUAGUGGAAGAAAGAUGUAAACAUGACAGAAAUAGUAGUGCACAAAACCACAACCAAGGAAAUGGUGGGGGUGGUAACAAGCGGCAAGAACAUUCGCAAAAUGGUAGUAAUGGUAGAGGCCAGAACGGGUAUGGACAAACAACCUAUAACAAAAGACGUCGAUUUGACGACCGGUACGAAUCUGGAAUGUCAGGGACCAACCGCGGGAAAAAUGCGCGAGGUCAGUGGCAGAGCAAUUAUAGUGAUAGUAAACGAAAUUGGCAGCAAAAUCAGCGAAGAAGCCCAGAGCGACAGGGUAAUGACCGGUAUGACAACAAUAGACCACCGCCGCAAAACGCGCCUAUUGCGCAGCCGUGGCGGCCGACAAAUCAGAGUGUACAUAUAGUGGAGGUCGCGGACAAUAGCCUUCCAAGUACUUCACAAGCAACUAAUCCAACAAACUAG